UCCUGGCUAUGCGUGUGAUUGGCUGUCCUGUUAGCCGCGGCUAUCCCGGCGGUUAUGUGUGUUGUUGUGCCCUCCUGUGUUGCGGUUGGCAGGGGAGAAGCUGCUCUGUGCUCCGGUACGUGAUUUUACCUUCUAAAGGUAUGAUGUCUCACAGUGAGCUUAAGUCUUUGUCACAAGAGGAACUGCGUAAAAGACUUUAUCAGACAUUUAAAAACAAAGGUGUUUUGGAUUCACUAAAGACACAACUUCGAAACCAGCUUAUCCAAGAUCUGAAACAUCGUACGCUCAGUGGAGAUCAGCUUCAGACUGCAGAUGUGUCUGGUGACUCUCUGUUACACAGGGCCUGCAAUAGCCUAGUGGCAGAUCACAUGAGAAGAUGUGGUUAUGAGUACUCCCUCUCUGUCUUUUUCCCUGAGUGCGGAUUGGAGAAAGAAAAGGUUUUCACUGUAAAUGACUUACUGCAGCUAAUGAAAAUCAAUCCAAAAUCUAGACUCCACAACUCUUUGACCUCUUCCCUUCAAAAUAGCAAUGCAAAAGGUUUCCUUUUACAAAUCCUGAAAGAGCUGAUAGAUUACCACCUCGAUAAAGAUGGCAGAGAUGCUGAUACCCAGACAGUCACAACAUCUCCUUACAAAGAUUCAAUCGUGGAUAAACUUAAAUUUAUUGAUGAACAGUUUGAAGACAUGUAUCCAAAACGCCCAAAAUUUGAGUCCCUGGAAGGCAAACUCUUGGAAUAUCGUAGAGAAAUUGCAGAACAGCUCCAGCUGGAACUGUCUCAGAAGUUGCAACAUUUUAAAGAUGUUGAAAUUGCUAAAUUAAAAUUGGAAGAAAGAGAAAAGUCCCAGAGGGAGAUUUCUGAUUUACGCAGAGAACUGGAGAAAACUUAUCAAUUGAAAUGUGAUGGAUUAGUGUCACGGGAGAAGAAUGCUGUAGAGAGACUUCAGAGGCAGCAGGAGAUUGAAUCUAAGGAGAUCUAUGCUCAGCGACAGACUCUUCUGAAAGAGAUUGAGGUGGUUCGGAGCAGGGAAAUGGAUCUUCGACAACGCAUGGAAGCAUUUGAGCUUUCUCAAAAGUUACAAGAAGAGAAGAAUAAAAGUGUGAACGAGUUUCUCAGAAAACGAGAGCUGGAAGUUAAGAAUAUUGAAGAUACAUAUGAACAGAAGCUCAAACAUGAGCUAUUACGAUAUCAAAAUGAACUAAAUGAAGAGUAUUUUAAGAAAACUAAGAAAGUCCAUGAAGAUGAGAGGAAAAAUAAAGAGGAAGCUGCACAGUUACGUGAAGACACCAUUGUACUCAACAUGAGGAAACAAGAACUAGAACAAGCCAUUUCUCGCACAAAACAACUGGAGGCAAAGGUGAAUGCCCUGAAAGCUCAGUUGUCCCUAGCAACCCAACAGAAUCACCACUUAACUGAAAAGCUAAAAGAGAUGGUGGACUACCCCGUGGUAAAAGAAGAGAAGCUGGAACUUCAGGCUCAAGUCAAGUUACUGUCCCACCAGCUAGAGGAGCUGCAAAGAGAAAAUCAGCUGCUUAGAGAAAAAACAUCCCUGCCAUUUCCUGAGCUCUUGUCUCUUCAAGAACAGUUAAGAAAGAUGGAGACUGCAAGAAAAUUUGACCAGGACGAAUUCAAAAUACAGCGGGAAAUUCUUGAAAAACAACUUGAACUAGAGAUUGAACGCGGUCUGGAAAUUAAAGUGCAGUUGUUAAAUCGUGAGGAAUCUUCAAAAAGACUUAGUGCUCAAGUAGAGCAACUUGAAUUUCAGCUGAGACAAACACAGCAAGCUCUUGAAAAUGAAGUGUAUCGCAUCCCCAGGACAUCUUUGCUCAGCCACUCUGUGCUAGACUUCCCCACCAACAAGAUUGUGCGUCCUGCUAUUUAUACCGAGAAACCUGUCUUUAAAAGCCAACAUCUUAUGGACUCUAUUGGUGGCAUUUCAGGUCAGUGUCGCCACGCUGAAAGGACCAGGAGCAGCUCUCCUGACUCUGAUCUGGAGUUUGUUGCCAGCACCAAAGCCAGAAUUAAAGAGCUUGAAAAAGAAGCAGAAUAUUUAGAUGAAGCUUAUCGCAACUAUCAUCACAGAGUCCUCCAGACUGCUUCCAUUGAUAGAUACCCACAGGCUGCUAUUCCAUCAAGUAGAGGUUAUUUAGGCACAAAACCAGCUGUUCUUCAGCAUAAAGUCACUUUUUUAGAGGACAACCUCACUCCACAGCAGCAUAUUCUCUUAAACAGGCUAAAAACACAGACAUAUGAAGGACUAUUGCCAUCGGAAGUAAAUAGAACCCCACCACAGACAAAGAUCUCCUCUGCCCGUAGGCUGUCCUCAACUCCAGUGCCAAAAGCUGCAAAAAGUUACCAGGAGAGAGCUUCUUUGGAAGAUAACAAUGGCUCUUACAUUUCAUCUUCACACCACAGUCCGAAUCACAGGCUUUCUCCCAUUCCCAAAAUCCAGCAACUUCCCAUGCUAAACUGUGAUGUUCCGGAUACUGGAGUGGAAGCAGGAAUAGAGCAACUCCCCAGUGCUCACCAGCCAGAAGCUGCAAAUUUUGAUACAUCCAACCAUUCAAAGCUUGAAAAGCUACAUCCGGAGGGCCUGAAUCACUCUGACUCCUCACUGCAAGACCAGGAGGACAUACCAGAGCAGCUUGAAAGUGAUUGGUCUCAUCCAUCUGAGGACUUUGUUCAUGACAUCCGUGUCCCUGCAGAUGUACCAGUGACAACUAAUUCACUGCCUGUCUCGUUCAGUGAUGAGGAUAAAGCGGACAGCCCGAGCCAUGACAAAAAUGUAGACCGAAGUAAGCAAAUUGACCCCCAAGAGUCUACAAAAGACCCAAAUAAAGAACACUCUGAAAUCAUUCUGAAUGCAGAUUACCAGCAGGAGGUUUUGGCAGCAGAGGCUAAAACAUCUGCUGAAGAACAAGCGGAAAAUCUGCAGGGUAGCAAUCUGGAUGAAGUGAAUCCCUUGGACAAGUACAUGCACUUGCUUCUGCAGAAAGGAACAGAGGAGCAGUCUGACAAGGUAACCAAGGAAUCCAUGGAAGAUGUGUCCAUUGAAGAAAAACUAUUUAAUGAAAGUAUCACAGCUCAUUCUCCCGGAGAAGCAGAUGAGGACUUCUGGUAAACAGUCGUUUCCUCUUUCUAAGAUAAAUCCAAGUCCUUUGAAUUUUUGUGUGACCAGCACAGCAUGUUUUUAUUUGAUGUGGAAAUUUUGUCAAAGGCCAAGUCUAACGGCUGAAAUUGUUGCAUAUAUUUUUCUCUGUGUCUUUUAACCCCACUGUCUACAAAUUACUCCUUAGAAAGGAAGUGGGAAUAAAUAGAUUCCUAUCCUGUUUUAAGUAGAACCAUUUGUUCUUGAUGAAUUUUAAUGUAUAGAAAGAUUUCAGGAAUGUUUUGAAUAUUUAUUUUCCCGAAUCUUUUUUAAAGUGACAAAAAAAUGAUCAACUCUAUAUAAAAUGUAAUUGUAUUUCUUCUAGCAUAUUAUCACUAUCACAAAUACAAUUAUUUCUUAGUUGUAAGUGUUUAACCAAAAGCAAGAAACACCAGUUGCCGUUACCUGCUUUGGCAGUGUGUAUUCUGUUGCCAUUUUUGUUUUAACACACUUAGCAAAAUGUGUCACGUAGUGGAAUCAUUAAGAGUAAAAUUAAGCUCCGUUUACACUGUUUGAACAAAAGAUUUAGAUAUUCAUGGUAACAAUGUGCAAAUUCUUCACAUUAGAGCAUACCUUAGACGCAUCUAUACGUGUUGUAGCAGUGGUAAAUAUGAGUACACAGUUGCAGCUAUGUAAUGUUGACCACCUGAGAUCAGGGAAUGGAUAGGUAGAAAGGGGCAGUUGACAGACUGAGGGUGGUUCUCACUGCUAGGGCUUUUUAUUGCCCAUGUACAAAGAAUGUUUUGCCAGUUUCUAGACGGUCACAUUCCUCCAUCAAUGUUGGUCAUGUUUCUGUCUUGUACAACGCAUUAUAAACAAUCCUUAUAUACACACAGAUGUCCUGGGUGGUCAAUUUAAUGUCCCUCCCCGGAUGUCUGUGGGUAAACAAUAUUUCAGGCGCACCAAUAAAAGAGUUUUAAUAAAUAUUGCCCCAAUUCUAUCAAGAAAAGGGACCGAUAACUUUAUACCGAUUGCCUCUUAUUAAAAACAAGCUGCUCCCACUUAUAGCUAGAAGUAUACUAUACGUUAAUCACAGAUAUAUUAUAGAGAGAACGCUACACACCUAGAGUGUCUAUAAACUUUAUAUAAGUUUAUAGACACUGCAGGUGUGUAGCGCUCUCUCUAUAAUAUAUCCUUGUACAACGCAUACCUCUUUUUUGUUUCUUCAUAACACCUGACCCUGCAAAGAAAAUCUUCCAAAAAUUAUCUCUCUAUUAAAAUUGUGAGAAUUGUAAA